AUGACUUGCGAGAACGUUGGAGCCGAUUGUGUCUAUCCAGACCAGCCGAAGAGGAUCUUCGUAUCGGAGAAGGAAUGGAACGACCUACAAGCUCGCGCAGAUGCAGCUGAGACUGUGUCGUCUUUGUCAACUGGACCCACCUCACCACCUAUUACUGAGGAAACGGGAAACAAUGAAGACGACUGGUGGUUCAAGAAUCGGGAGAUGCUUAUCGUCAGCAGGUCCGGAGAGCAUCGAAUUGUUGGUGCAAGUCAUUCCACAUACCUGGCCACACAACUGAAUCCAGCCAGCAAGGGCAGUGUUGCCUUUGACGUCUCACCUAUCAAUCAUGCCAAGCUAGCAUUACGUAGAGGAUUGGGCGUCCUCCCUGAUCUCCCUCCAUUUGAAACAGCCAAGCAAUGGUACGAAGCACAGUUCGCUUAUAUAGGAUCCAUCUUCAGCUUCGUUCAACCAAAGUAUUUCGAAGAACGUCUGUCUGAAGUUUACAGCCGUUCGCCGGAUGCCAGCAACCGAGAAGACUGCUUACUGUAUUGUCAGAUUCUGCUUGUCCUUGCCUUUGGUCAGAUGUAUUCACUCAACCAGUGGACCUCUAGUGAUGGACCACCUGGCUUCUCCUACUUCCAGGCAGCUUUAAGUCUGCUUCCAGACGUCCAUGAAGAAGGGUCGAUACUAUUCGUUGAAGUUCUGGGACUGGUCUCGUAUUUCAUGCAAAUACUGAACAGAAGGUAUAGUGAAACGUCCACGACUCCGAGACUCGACUGA